AGGUUCGUCACCGGUAAAGUAGUUGAGAACUCCGCCUGAUUUCGAUAUCUCCGAGGAACUCACCCUUCUCUUCUCUCCAUAAACCCAAAUCUCUCUCUCUCUCUCUCUCUCUCUCUCUCUCUCUCUCUCUGUAGGUCAUCUGGUUGCGACUCUUGGUUUCUCCGGCAUUGCUCGGACCCAAAAUGUCUCACCUUCUCCAGACCUCGUUCUUGCCCUCGCCGUCUCUCCCAAUGAAAACCCGAUCCGGAGUUCCGGGUUUCCGGGUUAAGACUCGGGUCGUCCCCGUCCAGGCUAAGAUCCGGGAGAUCUUCAUGCCGGCUCUCAGUUCCACGAUGACCGAGGGCAAGAUCGUGUCGUGGGUUAAAUCCGAAGGCGAGAAGCUCAACAAAGGCGAGCGCGUCGUUGUGGUUGAGUCCGAUAAAGCCGACAUGGACGUCGAGACCUUCUACGACGGUUAUCUAGCUGCCAUUAUGGUCGAGGAAGGCGGAAUUGCUCCCGUCGGCUCCGCCAUUGCUCUCCUCGCCGAGACCGAGGAUGAGAUCGCCGAGGCUAGGGCUAAAGCCGCCGCGGGAAAUUCUCAAUCUCCGGCGUCGUCAUCGCCUCCUACUCCUCCUCCGCCCGCACCCGCCGCUGAAGCUCCAGCGGCGGGGAAGAAAAAGAUUGCGGCUUUUCCCGCCGCCGCGGGGGCUCCCCCAGUGACUGCGGUUGCGCCGCCGCAUGCGGCGGGUGUUGAGUUGGGGAGUGUGGUUCCGUUCACGACAAUGCAGAGCGCCGUGAGCAGGAAUAUGGUGGAGAGUCUGUCCGUUCCGACAUUUAGGGUUGGAUACACAAUCACCACCGAUGCCCUUGAUGCUCUCUACAAGAAGAUUAAGUCGAAAGGAGUGACAAUGACGGCACUGCUAGCAAAGGCAACUGCCCUGGCCCUGGCGAAACACCCAGUUGUGAAUUCAUCCUGCAGAGACGGUAACAGUUUUACGUACAAUAGUAGCAUCAACAUUGCCGUGGCUGUGGCUAUCGAUGGCGGUUUGAUCACUCCAGUUCUUCAGAACGCCGAUAAGGUUGACAUAUACACAUUAUCGAGGAAAUGGAAAGAAUUGGUUGACAAGGCCCGAGCAAAGCAGCUGCAGCCUCAGGAGUACAACACGGGUACUUUCACUCUCUCUAACCUCGGAAUGUUUGGUGUUGAUCGGUUUGAUGCCAUUCUGCCUCCUGGAACUGGAGCAAUUAUGGCGGUUGGAGCUUCUCAACCUACUGUAGUUGCCACUAAGGAUGGCCGCAUUGGCAAGAAAAACCAGAUGCAGGUGAAUGUCACGGCAGAUCAUCGUGUCAUCUACGGUGCUGAUCUUGCACAGUUCUUGCAAACACUGGCCAGCAUUAUCGAGGACCCAAAGGACCUUACCUUUUAAACCGAGAUUACCGCUUUUGGUGUCCAAGAAGCUCUCAUUGUCUGUGGUAAUCAGUUUUUGGUUGACCCAAAUCCAUUGAGAGUAUAUUUUUGAACUGAAUUAUUGCUUCAGUUUGGAGUUCUGUGCUCUGCAACAUUCAGCACAUUGAAAGUUCUUCUUCAGCUUGAUUUUAGCUGCUGAAGCCUUUCAUGUGUUUUAGCUUCAUGUUCUUUGGAUUUUGAUCACUCUGGUAUCUAUAUCCUUGAUGUUCAUCUGCUGAAUCCAAUAAUCCGCUUAUAUUCUUUCCGA